AGCGGCUUCCUUCCAGUCGACGGACAUCAGAUACAAUACAACAAGGCACAACACUUGAAUGGCCAGAUGAGGUUCACGCUGCAGCCGCACAAAGUCAGGCAUGAUGGACAUUGCACGUUGAAACCAUAUUGAGCCCGGCGCAGUAGUUGGAUCCUUGACGACGAUGACUACAGCUUUCCCCAGCGCGAUGAUCAAGAGAAAUUCAAUAAACCAAAGUUUCGAAGACGGCAUGCGAAAAAGAAAUCGCAAUUGCGCGCCUAGCAGACACGCAGCAGAAAAAACAACAAUGACCAGCCGACCAAGCUCCAAAUCAGUCAAUGUGUCGAAGCUCUCCUCUCAGCCAAGUACUGGGUCCUCCUCGCUGGCGUCAUGGCUCAAGGGGGUGACUGCGUCUGGUAUCACAAACUUCAACCCUUUGAUUGUCAAAGGUUUCGGAUACUCGGUGCAGCGCACAAACCUCCUCGCAGCGCCUCAGGCUGCAGUUGGCAUUGCUGGCCAGGUCAUUUUUUCUAUCCUCGCCUAUUACAUUCCCAACACUCGCUGUCUCUGGUGGAUGAUUGGCACUUUGCCCGCCCUCGUGGGCGCUGUGAUCAUUCAUACGGUUGACGUGAACACACAACGCACAGUAGCGCUGGGCGGUGUUUACCUGAUGGGCUUCUACAAUGUCGGCUUUGUCAUGGCCAUCGCGAUCGCUACGGCAAAUACCCGUCGAAGUACGAAGCGGCCGUUUGUCAAUGCCUCCAUGGGUGUGUCCCUAGCCGUCAGCGAGAUCUUUGGACCACAGUUCUUCCGCAACAGCCAAGCGCCGUACUAUUCGCUAGGAAUCUGGGCCCUUGUCGUGUGCUACGCGAUUAUGGUCGUCACUGGAGGCAUAUACUGGCUCCUGGCCGUGUUGGAAAACAGGAAGAGGGAUCGCGUGGGUCAGGCUGCCGAUUUCACCCCUAUCAGCACAGAUAAGGACCUGACGGACGGCCAGAACAAGGCACACCGAUAUUCAUACUAGGGUAGGCAGUGGUUUUCUGGACAUAGCCACAAGCCGCGAUGGACGUAGACAGAAUGACAGA